UUGCCGAGUUGUCCAGUGAAGCUGCGCAGACCGAAUCCAGGAGUCAGGACAACAACAAACCUCCGGCUGGUCACGGCUCGACAACCGAAACACGGCCGGGGAUGUCGGAGCUUGCAGAUCGUAGAUGUUCCGUCUCGUCCAUCUCUCUGAUUGAGAUCAAGACUGAGACGCAUCGAGUCCUCCAGGCUUUUCUUGAACGAACCAUCUCUACCCCCCACAAAGACAGGCCUGGCAGGAUAGCAGGAGCCUAUGAUGAUCAUAACAAGCACGGCUCGUCGCCACAGUCUAAACGAAAAGAUGGAGCAGACGCUGCAACGGAAAAAGAAGACGAGAAGAAGACUGGAAUCAAGGACCUGAUGAAAAGGUCCAUUAUCCGUGGGAAAGGCUCACUGGGCCGGAGCAGCAAGUCCAAACAGUCCCACCCAGCAGAAGACAGUGUCUCAGCCUCCUCAUCUUCAGAUGAAGAGGAAAUGAGGAAGCAAAGACAAGCAAUCAAAAGAAAGAUUGCUUCGUUUUUCAAAAAGAAAUUAAAGGAGAAAGAGAAGGACAAAGAGAAGGAGAAAGAGAAGGAGAAAGAGAAGGACAAAGAGAAGGAGAAAGAACAAAAAGAGUCUCAUCCUCAGAGACAGAGUGACUUGGUAUCUGGCAAGAAAACGGCCGCAGCAAUCAAACCUUUUCAAGAAACAGAUGAAUCUCUGAAGUUUUAUGAUGAAGUAGCUCAGAAGCUGGAAGACCUCAUCAAGCAGUCCGCCGGGCUAAGCCCAGAACUAGUGUAUGAUAAAGAAGUCGUGGUUCAGCGGCUGGUGAAGCUGCUGAGUUCAGAAGGAGAUGCCAUGAACACUAAGAUCCAGCAGGAUCCAGAGCUGCGCUCCAGACUGUCCCGGCUUUCAUACAGAUCGUUCGAGCAUAUUCUAGACAUCUUCGGCAAGAGUCAUGUGACUGAGGCCCCCCCGCUGAAACCGUCGACCAGUCCAACGCUGCACCGAAUAGCCAUCUCCAUGGAUGUGUCCCGGCGCAUGGUGACAGCCACAGGAACACAGCGGAUAGAGGGCUUCGCAGAGCGCUACAUGGAGAACUUUAUCCCCUGGGUCAAAAGUCAUGGAGGAUGGGGAAAAGUGUUGGACAUAGACAGGACUGAGGAGUGGGACUGAUGUCCUGAAUGUGUGUUUAUCGUGAAUCAAGGCUCAACUGGAUGAUGUCGUCUAACAAGGGUUCGAGGAGCUGACCGGGAGCUGACCAGCAGAGUUUAAUCUGACUAGUCACGUUACAUAGACGUGGUCUCUUUGGUUCCUGCUGCAGAGGGCGUCCGGUUUGUGUUUUCCAUUUAACCACUCAACCAGGGACCAGCUCAUUGUCACUGCUGCUGCUAGCCUUGGCUUUCAAGGAUCUGCUGUCCUUUAAACUAAAACUAAGUAGCUAAAUCCAUUUUGUUAUGGAAAACAAAAGAACAAAAACCAAAUCAACUACUUGUAUUUUACCUCUUGGAUUAUAAAGUCCAAUAGUGAGACAUGAGAUGUUUUACAGCAGCUUUUAUUGUAAAUAGCAGAGAUACAGGAGAAGCUACUUUACUAAGUUAUAUUUUAAAAUGACAAAGCUCAUGGAAAAAAUGCUAAAGAUUGUGGGUUCCAAAUAUUUAGUUCAAAGUUAAACAUUUAGUUAUCUAAAUAUUCAGUAAGAAAACAGAAUGUUUAGUUCAGGGCUAAAUAUUUGACAUAUUUAGUUUGAAGCUAAAUAUUUAACUCGGAGCUAAAUACUUAGCUAAAAUGCAAAUACGCUUGCCGAUAGCUGAAAAGUGUACUACCAAAAUAAAAGCAGGGUGAAACUGAUUCACUUCAACUGUUUCUCAUGUCUUCAUCAUUGAUUGCAGUGAAGAAUCGGCUUUGAAGGAUUCAGCCUCACCAGCAGGAGUUUUAUACAAGGUCUGAACACCCAGCUUUUAUUUUGGUAGUCUACUUCCACUUCUCCACAAGUGUAUUUUUAUAUUAGCUAAUUGGCUCAAGUUGGUUAACUGCUGAGUUAACCAACUAAGUAGUAGGUGAAGUAUUAAAAUAUUAAUAAAUAUUAAUCCAAUGAAUUUAGUUGCAGAUUUCAAUUGAUUAUAAAGCAGAAUAGUUUCCUCUUAUCUGUUUAGCUCUUUAUAGAGGAACACAAACAUAACAGCCCAUAAUAAGUGAGCAGUCAGCCAUGCCUGAGGGGCUGGAAUGGUUGCUGUACAUUUCAAAGAGCUGAAGAAAAAACUGCAGCAGCAGUAAAAGUACUCUAGUGGGGAGAGUUUGGUGGUUUUCAAACUAAGUUUUAACGUACUGUAAUCCUGGACCCGGCCCAGGACUCUGCAGCUUUGGUCAAAGCUCUGAUCGAGGAGCAUGUCAACAUUCCAGAGAGCACAAUAAUUCCAAAGUCUCUUUCUGCCUCUGGUUGCAUUGAUGCCUUUAGAAAUUAAAAUGAUGUGAUUCAGAUCGACCCCAUCUCUGAACAGAAACAGCUUCUCCGGAAAUGUAUUUGGAAAAAGUUGAAAACAUAAAAUGUUUGGGAGAAUUCAGUGACUGCUGAUAUUUACUUGCCUAAGUGCAGUGCAGCUCGCUGACGAUCAGCUCAUAAGUCUGGCCUGAUAUUAUUUUUAAAGAUGUGAAAAUCAGUUAGCAUUUUGCAGUGUGAGUUAAAAUAUAACCACAAACUCCUCAGUGUGAGGGAGCAGAUGAGUUCAAAAACUUCUCUUGUACAGUACAUAUGUUUAUGCUAAACAUUAAUUUUGUGAUGUUCAUACUCUGUGUCAGCUGCUACUGUCAGUACUGUAAUAUGAUCACUACUUUAUAAUCAACAUUUUUGUGUGGGUUUUUUAUAUUAAAAAAUAACAUAACAUGAUUAUAUUAUAUGAAAUAUUUUUGCAUUUCUUAAUGCAAAAAUAUUUGGGGCUAUUGGACCAGGAAUUUGUGGAACAUGUUUACUGUAAAGACUGCUUUUAUAAUAAAUUUGUACAUUAAGAGUUCUUUUAGUCAUUAUUGAGGGGAAAAUGUCGCUUACUGUCAAAUGUAAACUUAUUGGUACAUGAAACAAAAAGUAAACUAGUUGUCUGUGCUUUACUAUGUUUUGUUUACAUUAUGUUUAAUAAUAAUGUAUGGUAAAUAAUGUGAGUGAGUGUUUAUUUCCCUGUAGUGUUUGCUGCGUUCGGACUGAUCAGCUGCAGCAAACACAACCUACAUUCUGUAAUGCACUAAAGUGAAGAAGGGAAGCUGUUAUGUUUGUUGAAUUAUUGUUGUUUUUUUAUUGCAGUCUACCUUAGUCAUAUUUGGCAAAGUAGAAUUUUUUUUUAUGUAUUUAUUUGUUGCCAGUGAAACUGCUGAUGUGGAGGAUCAUGUUCGGUAGAUAAUAUCCAACCUCUGUAACUGACUAAAUCUUGAACUCUUGUCUGUCUUUUAUUAAACUCCAAAGACUAU